CGCCUGGCCGCGCCGUCUGCGCUCCUAGCCCGCCCCGCCGCCCGUCCCCUAGCAAUGGCACGCCGCCUCUCCUUCCUUCCCCACCCAAACCCCCGGGCAGGGCCCGCGUCCCUCGGGGGCGGGAGUCCCGCAGCGCUCGCAGCUCCCCCCGCGUCCCAAGGCUGGAAGGGGUCAGGGCAUGGGGUCAGGGCAUCAGGUCAUCCCCGCCCUCGGUCAGCGAAGCUCAACACCCUCCGGGCAGCCUUGGUCUGUUCCAGCUGGGAAAAAACUCGCCAAGGAGCCCCUUCUGGGAUUUGGUGCUCUUAGCAGUCAGGCAGUGUGAACAACAACUGGAUGGACGUUUACGGCUUAGUGGAGGAUUUGAUCAAGAAGUUCGACAACCCUAACCUGCGGAUAUCCUUCAUCACAUACUCCACACUGGGUCGCACCGUCAUGAAGCUCACCUCAGACAAAAAUGAAAUUCGUGAAGGUCUUAGAAGACUUCAGAAUGUAGUGCCUACAGGAGCCACAAACAUGCAGGAAGGAUUUAAAAAGGCAAAUGAGCAGAUUCAACAAGCUACCUCAGGAGGAAACAAGAUUCCCUCUCUGAUUAUCUCCCUGACCGAUGGAACUCUGGAGGAAGCACCAUUUGAAAUGACUAAGGACGAAGCUGACAAGGCUCGGAAAAUGGGAGCCACUGUAUACUGUGUGGGUGUAAAAGACUUUGACAAAGAACAGUUACUGGAAAUUGCAGACAGCCCGAAUCAUGUGUUUGGAGUGGACCAAGGAUUCAAGGCUCUUAAAUACGUCGUUGAGCCACUCGGAACUAAGUCUUGUAUGGAAAUUACAAUUGUGGAGCCUUCCAGUAUCUGUACAGCAGAUGAAUAUGAAUUGAUGAUUUCUGGAAAAGGCUUUAAUAAUGCAAAGAAGAAGGAGGAAGUUAUUUGUAGAUUUAAGUUCAGCGACAAGCAAUUCUUUGAUAAAAAAGCCAACUCUGUGAAAGAUACCAGUAUAACAUGUCCAGGAGUAAGGAUAGAGAAGCCAGAUCAGGAGGUCUUCGUGGAAGUUAGCCUGAACAAUGGUAUCAGCUUCAUCACCAACAACGUUAGCAUCACCAGCAAGAACUGUGUGAAUACCAGGGAAGAGGGGCUAAAUGAGGAUGCCCCACCAGCUGCUCCACCAGAUGCCCCAUCAGAUCCCCCACCAGCUGCCCCAUCAGCUUCCCCGCCAGCUGCCCUGCCAGCUGCCCAGCAGCCUCCUGAGGUGCCUCUCUCACCACCACAGCCACAGUUCCUCCCCUAUGUCAACCCUCUCUACUUCUUUGCCCUCAUCCCGGCCCUGCUCCUAUUCCUCCUGAUGUUCUGGUGCAUCUGGUGGCUGUGCCGCAGGAAGACCUUCAAGGAGCCACCACCAGUGCAGAAGCCAGAAAGGGAGCCAGAGGAGACAUGUCAAAUGCCAUGCCCCACAGUGAUUGUCCCUUGUGGGUGCCAAGGAGGCGGGAUGAAACGAAUGGAGGGAAAGCUGGAUACCUUGUGUGACUUUGUUCAGCGCUGCAACCAGAUGUCACUGAUGUGGUGUCCGCCCAGGGACAUGGGGAAGUGCCUCAACUUGGCCCUAACGAAGCCCCACUGUGGGCAGUUGCACUGCAGCCCUAAGAUCUGCCUUCAACCCAGCCACGAGUGCUUCUCCAUCAACAGCUGCUGCUCACGGUACCAACACUCCCCGCUCAUGUGCUCCAGGCCUCCCUCCAGGAUGCACCGGCUCGUCUCUCCCCCUGCCCAGCCACUCUGCGGAGCCACUUUGUCACUCCAGCCCCCAUAGCCCGACCUCUAAAGCACCAAGAACCCAAGACUGUUAAGAGCCCUUUGUUUGCUGAAUUAGACAUAUAUACUGUCUUGGUUUACAGUCAAAAGGUUUCGGAAUUUGUUGCUGAUCAGAGUUUGUUACCUGGUGAGACAUGUCUAUACUGCUUCUGCCAGGACAAAGCACCCUGGCAUCCUGUGGAUGUAGACAUGAUGAGUCCCACUCCCCAAAGCCUGAUCUUCAUCUGUCACCAAAGGCUGGGACGCAUGAGGUUUUAGUCAAAUUCUGCUCUUUGAACAAAGCCCAAAACAUCUUUGAAAUACGCAUACAAUCCUGUGUCUCCUCCCCUAAUCUGACGCAGAGAGAAGUACUUGAAUUUCUCACCUCCUUCACUCCGUGCUCCUGGUUUCCGUUUUUUGGCUACCUACAUUCUGAACGUGUCUCAGAAAGAGAGGAGGCCCUCUACAGUUCACCGGCUGGAAGUGCACCUUCUCUUUCCACAUAAACCAACCAGUCCCUAGGUCCAGGGGAAUUUUAGAGGAGUCUCUCCAUUUCCCUAGAGAAGUUCAACCUCCCCUAUUUGCCAUCUGCCACCAUAGAAGAAACUGUGCUCCCGACAGAGAUGUUUUAGCACGCAGCGUCCUCCCCACCACCCAGAGAGGGGGUCUGUACGAUACUCCAGCGCCAUGCACACAGCCCACAGGAGCAUUCAAGGGGCGUCCCAAUGUAAUAUUGUUGUCCCUAAUCCAUACUGACAGUACGUUAAACUCCUCUCCACCCUCACUCCCAUCUCCUGGAAUGCUAUAUUUAUGCCUUUCAUUGAAUUUCUGUAAGACAACUAGAGGUAAAAAUAUGUCAGGUUUGGGUUUUUACAUUGUAUUGAUCGAAGUGGUUGGAUAGGGAUGACCAUAACUUUCCCUGUGUUCAGAUAAAGAAAAUGUACUCAUGAUACCAAGAAAAGUGUAUGAAACUUUUUUCUUAAUUAGGCAGAAAGGGGGUUUAAAUAACAUGAAAUCCUAUAGAAAGAUUUUAUCUCUUCCUUAGAAGUGAAAUAUUUUGGAUUGUUUGUAAUUGGUGAAAGCAUUGUCCUGGCCUGAGAGGGUCAGGGACACUUUUCUGAAACUGGCUCUGUGCUCCUGCAUUAUAGCUGUGUGUCUGUGUAUAACCGUACGAUAGUAUGUGCCCACCUCUGAGACUCUGUGACCCCAAAUGAGAAAUGUAUCUGUGAUUUAAUAAAGAGCCUACUGUGA